UGAGUUGUUUUUACAGUUCAUAAAAUUGACGUUAAACAACACUAAUAGUUUAAAAAUUACAUAAUUUACAAGUUAAUGACACAAAUUCGGUAGGGAGCUAUAAUAAUGCCUAUUUACACAAGUAGAGGUAAAGGUCAAUGCUAGCCGCACUCAGUCACUCAAUGCCCUCUUAAGUAAAAGCAGCUAAGAACUGUAUUUAACUAGCGUUUAACAGCUCAACAAUGUAGGGAAUGGGCGAUUUUUUGUACCGUUCUGUACGGCAAUACGGAGUGUCAAACUUAUGUGCAGAACGUGUGCUUCUACCAGAGAUAUUCUGCCUUACUGGGGGCAGCCAUUUACGAAAGUCAGAGUUCAAGAGAGAUUCUGCAAAUGUUCUACAGAUUGUGCGGCGACGAUCGGCCAGGGAGCUGAGGUUCAAUGUACUUUCAGUGGUCGAGACAGAGGUGGCAACGUGGUUCAUCAGCACUCAACAGUUGCUGUCCGGACAUACAGGAUACAAACCCCAGUUUGAACCAGCUCUGGUUGAUAGUGGAGGUCGGUCUACUGAACUGUCAUCACAUCAUCCAGUGUCAGCAUGGAGGCACAUGUUUACAUCUUGGUCUUGAUCGUUGUGUUUGGAACGUGUCAGCAAGUGCUGACGUCUCCGGACAACAGGGGAACAGAGUUUGUGGUCGGCUUCCUGCAGAACUACGGAGUCAGCCAACUGGAGCUGUUCAUCACCAGCGCGAGCUCAGAGCCCACCACCGUCACCAUCACUGCCCCAGGUGUCAGCUACACCAAGCAGCUGGUGGUGACUGACGCAGCUGUGCAGGUGGUCACCCUGCCGCGCUCCGUCAUGCUCACCGGACACGAGCGGGCUCAGAAGGGCGUCCUCGUCACCGCCGACCGCGAAAUCAUCCUUUACGGUGUGAACAAGCAGAGGUACACCACAGACGGCUUCCUGGGUCUACCUGUCGACGUUCUCGGCAAUGAGUAUUUCGUGGCUUCCUACACUCCUUCGCCUCGGAACGAUCCGUCCGAAUUCGCCGUCUUCGGUGUUGAAGACGGCACCUCGGUCAGCGUCACUCUGAAGGGGGCUGUGUACCAUGACGGCAGGGACUACGAUGCCGGGAGCGUCAUCACGUUCACGCUAGACCGUCUGGAGGCUCUACAGUUUCAGGGCAGUGAUGGAUCGGACCUUACGGGUACCCACAUCGUAUCGGACAAGCCGGUGUCCGUCAUGUCCGGCGUACGAUGCACCAAGGUGCCGAACAAGUACGAAUGGCGUGAUCACCUGGUCGAACACGUCCCGCCCGUCAACACCUGGGGACGGCGCUUCGUGACGGUCCCGCUAGCCGUGCGACAAGCCGGCGACAUCUUCCGCCUGGUGGCUGCUAGAAACGGCACCACUGUCAACGUCACUGGUCUAACGCCUCAUACUCUGGACGCAGGCGACUUCCUGGAGCUGGACCUUUCGUCCAGCACGUACACUACCAUCACCUCCUCGCAUCCCAUCAUGGUACUGCAGUACAGCAAGGGGACGUAUUCGGACGGCAUCAACGCGGAUCCUUUCAUGAUGUACCUGCCGCCGGUGGAGCAGUUCGCCGCCGACUACACCUUCGCCACGGUCGACUCGCUGUCCACGGCCUAUACCAGCUACGUCAACAUCGUCAUCAAGACGUCGCAAACGUCGGGGCUGACGUAUGACGGCAACCCGCUUCCUUCCUCCACGACCUGGUCACCCAUCCCGGACACCGACCUGUCCGCCACACAGCUUCACAUCAGCACCACGGGGACACACAAGAUCAAGCACCAAUCCGCCAUUGUCACCUUCUCCCUGGUGUACUACGGCUUCUCCUACCUUGACUCCGUGGGUUUUCCCGGUGGUCUCCGACUGGCCAGCAUAUCCGGCGGAUGUGACGUCACAGAACCGAUGGUUGGCGACGGCGUCGACAACGACUGUGACCAACUGGUGGACGAGGAACUACUGAACGGAAUAGAUGAUGACGGCGACGGUCUCAUUGACGAAGAUUUGGCUGACGUCAACCAUGACCUGGAUGAGUGUGAACUGGGAUUGGCCGACUGUGACCUUGACGCAAUCUGUGUCAACACACACGGCUCGUACAAGUGCGAGUGUAAACCUGGAUUCACCGGAGAUGGCAAGACCUGCUGGACCAGGAGCACGUGUGUUGCCUAUGGAGACCCCCAUUACAUCACCUUCGACGGGCGCACGCACCACUUCCAGGGCCCCUGCACGUACACACUGACACGAAACUGUGGGAACAACACGCUGCCCUACUUCAACGUGGAGACCAGGAACGAAAACCGCGGCGGCAACCUGCGCGUCAGCUACGUCACAGACGUCACGGUGGAGGUCUACAACCACACAAUUGUGGUGGAGAAGAACAAGAUUGUCUACAUUGACCAGCUGAUCACAACUCUGCCUGCCAAACCACGGGCUGGUCUAACAGUCGAGUUCGUCGGUCAGUACGUUACCAUAGAGACAGGCUUUGGGCUGAAGGUGUCGUUUGACGGGAGGCAUCGCGCUGAGGUCGUCCUGCCCGACCUGUACAGCGGCGCCCUCUGCGGACUGUGUGGGAACUACAACGGGGACGUCAGUGACGAAUACGUGACAAAGGAUGGCACGCAGGCUGCUGACGUCAUGCAAUUCGGCAACAGUUGGCGGGUUGAGAGGGAAGGCGACCAGUGUAACGAGAACCCAGAACCCCCCGCGCAGUGCGGCGACGCCCUCCAGCGGACUGUAUCGGAACUGUGCGGAAUUCUGAACGAUCCAAGCAGCGUGUUCGCUCCCUGCUACUCAGCCCUCAAUCCAGAGGUCACUGUUGAGACCUGCGUGUAUGACAUGUGUGCCCUGGACGGAGACAUCACGUCUCUGUGUGACAACCUUCAGGCCUACGCCGACUCCUGCGCUGAGGCUGGCAUCAACAUCGGGACAUGGAGGAAUGCAACCUUCUGUCCACUCUCCUGCCCCAGCAAUAGUCACUACAGCUCCUGUGCCAGCGCCUGUCCUGCCACAUGUACAGACGAGUCUGCACCUCAGUACUGUGACCGCAUGUGUGUGGAGGCGUGCGAGUGUGAUGACGGCUACGUCCUCAGUGGAGGGGACUGUGUGACCAGGCAACAGUGUGGCUGUACUCGUGGUGGAUACUACUAUGCAGUUGGAGAAACAUGGGGAGCAGGAUGUAACCGCCGCUGCCAGUGCAUAAGUAAGAACAACAUCCAGUGCACGGAGGUUACGUGUGACGAAAACGCUUUCUGUGGGAUCCAGAAUGGAAUUCAAGGAUGUCACUGCAACAACGGUUACGUGGGCAAUGGGUCUUACUGUGAAUUUGUGGAUGCCUGUGAGAGCAGCCCCUGUCACAAUGGUGCCUGUACCAAUGACAACAGUGGUGGAUACCUGUGUACCUGUGCUGCAGGAUGGACCGGCACCAACUGUGAUGAAGAUGUAAAUGAAUGCCUGCAGGUAUCACACAGUUGCCAUGCCAACGCGAUCUGCUCGAACACAGAGGGAAGUUACACCUGUACCUGCCAGGAUGGUUUUGCUGGAGAUGGCCAGAGUUGUACAGCCAGGAGCACGUGUGUUGCCUAUGGAGACCCCCAUUACAUCACCUUCGACGGGCGCACGCACCACUUCCAGGGCGCCUGCACGUACACACUGACACGGAACUGUGGGAACAACACGCUGCCUUACUUCAACGUCGAGACCAGAAACGAAAACCGCGGCGGCAACCUGCGCGUCAGCUACGUCACAGACGUCACAGUGGAGGUCUACAACCACACAAUUGUGGUGGAGAAGAACAAGAUUGUCUAUAUUGACCAGCUGAUCAGAACUCUGCCUGCCAAACCACGGGCUGGUCUAACAGUCGAGUUCGUCGGUCAGUACGUUACCAUAGAGACAGGCUUUGGGCUGAAGGUGUCGUUUGACGGGAGGCAUCGCGCUGAGGUCGUCCUGCCCGACCUGUACAGCGGCGCCCUCUGCGGACUGUGUGGGAACUACAACGGGGACGUCAGUGACGAAUACGUGACAAAGGAUGGCACGCAGGCUGCUGACGUCAUGCAAUUCGGCAACAGUUGGCGGGUUGAGAGGGAAGGCGACCAGUGUAACGAGAACCCAGAACCCCCCGCGCAGUGCGGCGACGCCCUCCAGCGGACUGUAUCGGAACUGUGCGGUGUUCUGAACGACCCAAGCAGCGUGUUCGCUCCCUGCUACUCAGCCCUCAAUCCAGAGGUCACUGUUGAGACCUGCGUGUAUGACAUGUGUGCCUUAGACGGAGACAUGACGUCCCUGUGUAACAACCUGCAGGCCUACGCCGACUCCUGUGCUGAGGCUGGCAUCAACAUCGGGACAUGGAGGAAUGGCACCUUCUGUCCACUCUCCUGCCCCAGCAACAGUCACUACAGCUCCUGUGCCAGCGCCUGUCCUGCCACCUGUACAGACGAGUCUGCACCUCAGUACUGUGACCGCAUGUGUGUGGAGGCGUGCGAGUGUGAUGACGGCUACGUCCUCAGUGGAGGGGACUGUGUGACCAGGCAACAGUGUGGCUGCACUCGUGGUGGAUACUACUAUGCAGUUGGAGAAACAUGGGGAGAAGGAUGUAACCGCCGCUGCCAGUGCAUCAGUAAGAACAACAUCCAGUGCACGGAGGUUACGUGUGACGAAAACGCUUUCUGUGGGAUCCAGAAUGGAAUUCAAGGAUGUCACUGCAACAAUGGUUACGUGGGCAGUGGGUCUUUCUGUGAAUUUGUAGAUGCCUGUCAGAGUAGCCCCUGUCAGAACGGUGUCUGUGCUAAUGACAACAGUGGUGGAUACCUGUGUACCUGUGCUGCAGGAUGGACUGGCAUGGACUGUGUUGAAGAUGUAAAUGAGUGCCUGCAGGGAUCACACAGCUGCCAUGCCAACGCGAUCUGCUCGAACACAGAGGGAAGUUACACCUGUACCUGCCAGGAUGGUUUUGCUGGAGAUGGCCAGAGUUGUGACCCGGAGUGCCAUUUUCCAUUAACGUACGGAGGAAUAACCUACAAUUCCUGUACCAACGUCGACCAUCACCGUCCCUGGUGUUCUUUCACCGCGGUCUACCAGGGCAGAUGGAAAAACUGUGACGAUGUUACAAAUGAGUGCCUGCAGGGAUCACACAGCUGCCAUGCCAACGCGAUCUGAGUGGUGAGUUUCCUUCUUGUGUUGGAACAAAGAUGGAACUUAACAACUAUGGCCAUGGAUUCUACCAACACAGAUGACCUUUCAUUCGAAUGCAACAGCUUUAGAAUAAUUGUCCAAUCACGGGCAUAUGCAUGGAUAAUGCUGAGAAAAUGCUAGAUAUAUACACUCCAACUAGAACGAUAUGUUGCUAGCUAUGAGCUAGGGCUUUUACCACCUGGAAUCAAUCAAAGUUGUUCAGUGUCAGUGUCGAUUGAACGGCUUGUGCAAAAAGGCCCUGUCAAACACAGCCUUAUGGCCUCCAGACCAUCUCAAGACCAGUGAGUAGGUUGUAAGCAAGGCCAUCCAUGGUUGGGAGUUUGUUGGCGAAGUUGCCUACUAGUCUUUAAGAGGAAGGUCCUGCAUGUCUGACAGGGGCUUAAGAUGUUUGUUUGUCAUUACUAAUUGCCCGAUUAUAUUCAGGUCUUUUCUUUUUCUAGCAUUUUUUUGUAAAAGCCCUGAUUUUCAGUUAAACUGAUCUCGGUUAUGUUACUUGAUUGUAUAAUUUUACUUUUAUACAAAUUGCUUUAUGUUUAUGUGUCCCUGGGCCCUCUUGGAAAUCAACAAUUUACUGUUGAAGAGGCCACCCAGGUACGUGUUUAAAAGAUGAAAUAAAUCAAUAAAUAAAUAACUAACUAAAAGCAAGUUUAGGUAGUACUGACCUAUGCCACGAAAAUCUUAGUAAGCAAAACUUGGUUAAAAGCAGAAAUACCCAGGUAUUUCUUGUACUCGCAUAUGUCUGUAACAUUACAUGUAUCUUCUUUUACAAAGUGGCAACUGAAUGUAUUUCAAGUAGACUAGACCAUCAUUUUGCACAAAUGUAGUGUUUAUUGAAAGAAACGUUACCUUCUUUUACAUAGCAUGUAUGUAUGUACUACUGACUUAUUGAGCAAGUUUCAGUACGAACUACAUUUGGAACAAAUCUAAUUCUGACAUCGGUAAACUUCCAUAAAAACAAAGAGCAUAUUUCUUUUUUUCUCUAUCACUUCUUUUUUUUUGAGAAAACAACAACCUACUAUACAUUCAAAAUAGUUAAUUUUUAGCUACUCAGAAGAGUGAACAGUCGCUUUGAAAUACUUGUAAUGUAAGAUCAACAGAUGUUACAUUUAGUUCAAAGAUGAAAAAAUAAUGACUUAAUACUGUACUUCUGAAUAUUGUAAGUUAUCUGUGGUUUUCUAGUGCACUUAUUAAUGCUUGUUUAUGCAAAUAAAAAGCAUAACAGAUGCUGAAA